AUGUCAUAUUACAUUACCAUCCACCACGGCCCAGGUGUGGAUGAGUGCCCCGAAAACACGUGGAUCAAUAUCACCUUUACUAUCAAGGAUCAUUUUUACCUUCGCACUGACGGAGCGUUGAUUUGCUUCAUCAUUGAACGUAUCCGGGAGAAGAAGUUCAAAUUUAGUAGUGAGCCCAUGGAUCGACGAUCUCGGUGGUGUAUCUCGAUACCAGUCUCCAAACCCCAUAGAACCACGGGCGGAGCUGUUGCCGACGCUUUGCAACUGGCGGAGUGGUACAGGGUCCAGAUUCUGAAUGGGAAUGCAAGUAUCAACCGCGAACUGCUAUUUGAUCUGAAGCCCUUUCAUGAAGUAAAGACUGUUAGUGUUAUGGUUGGUUGA